UUAGCCUUCAUUAUCGGAAACUCUAGCACCAAUCGCUCGACUUUCAAAUUAGCAUCCGUGGAGCGAAAAUGGAAGACGACGGUGGAGAGAGAUCGAGCUUCGUCGCUGGACUAAUCGAGAACAGAGCCAAAGAGGUUGGAAUGGCUGCGUUUGACUUAAGAUCCGCUUCACUGCAUCUAUCUCAGUAUAUAGAGACGAGCAGCUCAUACCAAAACACGAAGACGCUGCUUCGUUUCUACGAUCCUUGUGUGAUUAUUGUUCCUCCCAACAAACUUGCAGCCGAUGGCAUGGUUGGGGUUUCUGAAUUGGUGGAUAGAUGUUAUAGCACCGUUAGAAAGGUUGUGUUUGCUCGUGGCUGUUUUGAUGAUACCAAGGGUGCCGUGCUAAUACAAAACUUGGCUGCAGAGGAACCUUUGGCUCUUGGUUUAGACACUUACUAUAAGCAGCAUUAUCUAUCACUAGCUGCUGCUGCAGCUACAAUCAAAUGGAUAGAGGCCGAAAAGGGUGUGAUUGUCACGAACCACUCACUCACUGUAACCUUUAAUGGAUCCUUUAGUCACAUGAAUAUCGAUGCAACUAGUGUUGAGAAUCUGGAAAUCAUUGAUCCAUUCCAUAAUGCUCUUUUGGGCACUAACAAUAAGAAGAGGAGUCUGUUCCAGAUGUUAAAGACAACAAAAACAGUUGGCGGGACUAGGCUUCUUCGUGCCAAUUUGUUGCAGCCCCUGAAAGAUAUUGAAACUAUUAACACUCGCCUGGACUGCUUGGAUGAGCUGAUGAGCAAUGAACAACUAUUCUAUGGGCUUUCACAAGUUUUACGUAAAUUUCCAAAAGAGACUGGUAAGCAAAAUCGUGUUCUUUGUCAUUUCUGCUUCAAGCCAAAGAAAGUCACAGAAGCGGUCCUAGGUUUUGAUAAUACCAGAAGGAGCCAAAACAUGAUUUCUAGCAUUAUUUUACUGAAGACAGCCUUGGAUGCUCUGCCUCUACUUGCUAUGGCUCUAAAGGAUGCAAAGUGUUUUCUCCUUAGUAAUAUUUACAAGACUGUGUGUGAAAAUGAUAAAUAUGCUUCCAUCAGAAAAAGAGUCGGGGAAGUGAUUGAUGAUGAUGUUCUUCAUGCACGAGUUCCUUUUGUUGCCCGCUCACAGCAGUGUUUUGCUUUAAAAGCUGGUAUUGAUGGAUUUUUGGAUAUGGCAAGGAGAACCUUCUGUGAUACUAGUGAAGCGAUACAUAAUCUGGCCAGCAAGUAUCGUGAGGAAUUCAACUUGCCAAAUCUAAAACUCCCAUUCAACAACAGACAGGGCUUCUUUUUUAGGAUUUCGCAGAAGGAAGUUCAGGGAAAACUUCCAAGCAAAUUUACUCAGGUUGUAAAACAUGGGAAAAACAUUCAUUGCUCAAGUCUGGAACUAGCCUCUUUGAAUGUCAGGAAUAAGUCUGCCGCUGGAGAGUGUUUCGUUCGAACGGAAAUAUGCCUGGAAGCACUUAUGGAUGCUAUAAGGGAAGAUGUCUCUGCCCUCACCCUCCUAGCAGAAGUUUUAUGUCUCCUAGAUAUGAUUGUUAAUUCAUUUGCUCAUUCAAUAUCCACAAAGCCAGUUGAUCGAUACUCGAGACCAGAACUAACAGAUAGUGGCCCACUGGCAAUUGACGCUGGAAGGCAUCCAAUCCUAGAAAGCAUACACAAUGACUUUGUUCCUAAUAGUAUCUUCAUGUCAGAAGCAAGCAACAUGUUGGUAGUUAUGGGUCCAAACAUGAGCGGAAAAAGCACCUAUCUCCAACAGGUGUGUCUAGUUGUCAUUCUUGCUCAGAUUGGCUGCUAUGUCCCAGCUCGCUUUGCAACUAUGCGUGUGGUGGACCGCAUAUUCACAAGAAUGGGGACUAUGGAUAACCUUGAGUCAAAUUCAAGCACGUUUAUGACAGAGAUGAGAGAGACCGCUUUCAUAAUGCAGAAUGUCUCCAACAGGAGUUUGAUAGUCAUGGACGAACUCGGGAGGGCUACUUCUUCCUCAGACGGGUUAGCAAUGGCAUGGAGCUGCUGCGAGCAUCUCUUAUCGCUCAAAGCGUACACAGUAUUUGCAACCCAUAUGGACAGCCUAGCGGAGUUGGCAACCAUCUACCCUAAUGUCAAGGUUCUUCACUUCUACGUAGACAUCAGAGACAAUCGCCUAGACUUCAAGUUUCAACUUCGAGAUGGAACCUUACAUGUUCCUCACUACGGCCUUCUGUUAGCCGAAGUGGCUGGUCUGCCUAAUACAGUGAUCGAAACAGCUAGGACCAUAACCUCAAGGAUCACAAACAAGGAAAUAAAAAGAAUAGAGCUGAACUGUGAGAAGCACCAUGAAACGCAUAGGAUUUACAAAGUAGCUCAAAAGUUGAUAUGCUUGAAAUACUCCAAACAAAACGAAGACUCAAUCCGUCAAGUUCUUCAGAAUUUAAAGGACAGCUUCGUUGAAGGAAGGCUCUAA